GUCCUGCUCUGCCCGCCGUCGCCCCGCCCCCUCCACAGCGCAGCGCAGUACAGCGGCCAUGGCGGAGCCGGCCGUGAGCGCCCACGACGUGCAGUGCCUGGUGCGCAGGAAGGACGAGAUCGAGGCGCAGAUCCGGGCCUGCUACGAACUCCUGGAGGACAAGGGCGUCGGGAUGAGCGAGCCGCUGGUGGACGCGGAAGGAUACCCGCGGGCAGACGUCGACCUGUACCAAGUGCGCACGGCGCGGCACAACAUUAUCUGUCUGCAGAAUGAUCACAAGGCCGUGAUGAGGGAGGUGGAAGAAGCGCUCCACCAGCUGCAUGCACGGGAGAAGGAGAAGCGUGCCAGGGACGAGGCAGAGGCACAAGCCGAGGCAGUGAGUCAGAACCAGAGCCCGUCUCAGCCCUUCGCCAGAGUGAACGCUGUCACACCGGGAUCUCCUGCCAGCCUCGCGGGAUUACAGGUCGACGAUGAGAUCGUUGAGUUUGGCUCUGUCAAGGCGCACAACUUCCAGACUCUGCAGAACAUCGCCACCGUUGUGCAGCACAGCGAAGGGAAACCGCUGAGCGUGAGCGUGAUCCGUGGAGGCGAGAAAGUCCACCUUGGGCUUACACCAAAGCACUGGGCAGGGAAAGGCCUCCUGGGCUGCAAUAUUGUCCCAUUGCAAAGAUGACUGCAGCUUGGAAGACAGUAACCCUGAAGUUGCUUCUGCUUUGUAAACUCUGAUCUGGUUUGAAGAGUUCCCUUAUGACGUGCAUCAUCUUGCUAAAUCUAGAAUGUUUGUGGUGGGCUUGGGGGGCUUUGACUUCAAGUAAUCAGAUAUACUGAACCUAAAUGGGUUUCAGCACACCUGUGCACAGGCCAGGCUAAGAAAUUGUACCAACUCAUCGGGGAUAGUUCAUAGAAUUAAAGGAUUUCACUGAUGCUCAUGUAAAUUCAGUGUGAGCUCAGAUGCAGUCCAGGCUUCUCUUCAGUUAAACUUCCACAAAUAAUUCCAUGACCUUUAUUGAGUAUUGUCUUCUGUGUGAUCACAAGAAAGAGUUUUUGACAAUAAAGAUUUAAGCACUUUUUGUGAUAAUAUAUUCAUUUUCAGUUCUUUCAUACUCCUUCCUGGACAGGUGGUACUUUUGCCAAAUAUGCGGCAAUGUUACAAGAAUCUCCUGGUAGUGUUAUCUACUAUGUAUUACAGCAAAUUACCAAAACAGCCUCAAGAAAUAUAACAUGUAAAAGAUUCAAACUAUAUGUGUACAAGUCAUGUUUGAGGUCACUACAUUGGAAAGAAUUUUGAAAAAUACCCAAGUGUUUAUUCGGUUUUAAGUGAGUGAGUGGGGUAAGGAAGGUUGUUGGUGGUGUGCUUUUGUGUCAAUAUAUAUUUUUCAUGGCUUGGGCUAUGAAAAUUAUAGCCUCAUUUUCUAUUCCACAAUUUUUCAACUUGUAAACACUUUCAGGGGUUUUUUUUAUUGGCUUUGGUUUGUUUUAAACUUGUUUCCAUUUGAAUUUUUAAACAUGAAUAGAAUUUUUUACCUGAUUUCAUUACAACUGUCAUACUUUUUGGAAAAAAGUUAUUUUCAUAAAUGCUCAAGUUUGUUUGUUUUUAUUAUUAUUUUUGUUACUUUUUAAUUGUUGUUGUUGUUUUUGUAAUGGUGGGGAGGGGCAGGUGUACAAAGACAGUCCCUCUAAAGAACCAGCUUGGUUUUAGUAUUGAAAGAUCAGGCUUUUUGUUCAGGGUCCAUAGACUGUAAAAGUUUAAUAAAUGAUUUAUGUUAUAACCCCACACAACAUACUAUUACCAUGUGUUUUACAUGGUUCGAAACGCCUCCAUGGAAGAUUUUAUAAGCCAGGGCACUUGGCAACUUCUUGAUCUGUUUAAACUCUGAAACAAAAACACUGAUAAAUGUAUCAGAUUAAUAAAUACUUAUGAAUCCUUUGUAAAUGGGAUCUUCAUUGAA